AUGUUAUGUAGUCAAUCAAGCAAGCAGAUGUGCUGGAGGAAGGCUGCUAAAUACACACCACAGCCCACACCCAACACCAACACCACCACCACCACCAGUAGCUCUCACGAUACCACGCCGUCCAGCGUGCUUCAACUCAUCGAAUCGAUCAAGAAACUCUGCAGACAGUCGGACCGCGAUCGCACGAUGGUUGUCAAACGAUCGGCUGCAAUCAAAUUGAAAAACGCGGAACUAGAGACAAAACGUCAAGAACGAAGGCUCGUAUUAGAGCCAGCCGUCUUGGGGGUCGUUUCGGCAUUGGGUGGAUAUGAAGAUGUGCUAGUCGAAAACAAGAAUGAAGAUCAAUAUCAAGACCAAGAAGAUGAUGAUGAUGAUGAUGAGAUUGAAAUUGAAGGCCAAGAAAAAAAACCAACUCCAGGUAGUUUUCGGACUGAACGAGUCUAUAAGUUGGGAGACGAAUGUUUAGGUUGUUUGAAGGACUUGAAGAAGUUUUGGAGGUUGGACGAAGAAGACGAAAACCGCACGGUGGCUAGGAUCUUAUACUCUAGUCAAAUAGUACCAAACGAUCUUCUCCCUAUCUUGUUAUCUACUCAGAUCGAAAACAAGAAAGAUCAUCGGGUUGCUCUACUAUGUGCCGAUCUAAUAGCAGCUCUGACUUGGCCGGUCGAUGUUGCUAAAGAGUUGAAGGAAGCUUGCGACAUCGAGGAUGAGGAAGAGCGUAGACAAGCCACGAAUAUCGAUUUCUCGAGUUUGGUCGAUGGCCAGCUAUCCUACAAGCGUGACAUUGUUCGAACCGGUGCCAUGGGCCCUAUCUUCAGGUUAAUCGUCCCAGUGAUCCAAAAACCUAAAAAUGAACGGACAGAAAAAGAUGAGAAUGUGAUCUCACUUGUUCUACAUAUUAUUCGGAACUUGCUGGCCCUUCGCGAUAAACCGGCCUCAGGUCCUGGGAUUGAAGAAUCGCAUCUCCAAUCAGAUUUCAUUCAACAACUAUCGAAAUUCGGAAUCUUUGAUUUAUUGAUCCACAUGAGCCAUGGGUCGAACCGAUUUGAUGAGUUUGGACAAUGGAAUAUGAUUGUACUCAAUAUCUGGGAUCAUCUUUUCCGAGGGGUUGAUGCUGAAGAUCUGAUCGAUGCUGAAACCUGUGUGGGUACCAAUGACACUGGCGAAACGAUUUCUACCGUCAAAGCGUCGGAUAAGAAACUCGAAAGUUUGCUCUUGGAUGAAGAACAGGCUCGAAAGGCAAAAGCUAGGAAGAGUACCACUCGACAUUCUCGCUUUGGAACCACACUUAGCGUUACGACUGGCCAAAGAAAAUUCAAUUUACACAGCCAGACUGCUAUUACCACUCCAGUUGAACUUGCACUCGAUGCUCGUAAAAACCAAAAAAAGAAACCCAAUCGUGUGGCGGAUGAGUUUGGAAGACCAACGGUCCUCAAAUCAGAUGCCAUGAAGAUCCUAAGAGGCGUGGCGAUCGAAUUCAUCGAAUCAGGUUUCAAUCCAUUCUUUCUAUCAAUUUUGAAAGAUAUCCAAAGAGAGAAAGCCAAGGCAACGGACGCUAUCCGGCUUUUAUAUCUCUUGGGAUUUUUCUUGGAUUGUUUUUUGAAGUUGAGGGAAAGAGAGAAAUCGGUGGGAAUUCUACCAACGAGCGAGACAGGUCAUGAUUUCGACUUGGUAGCUGAUCUGAUGGAACCCGAGUGUAUGCUUUGGGUUUUCGGUAAGAUCCAAUCAGGACUAGAGGAUAAGCCAAUGCCGAUCGUUGAGAUUCAUGCUGCAGUAGAGUGUCUUAUCCAACAAUUGCUAGUCAUCGAAGGUUUAACUACUUCGGGUGUAGAAGAUUACACUCAGGUGGCCAAUGUGAUGCUCAAUAGAUUGUAUUACGAUGCGGAUACCUUGGAUAUGGUGAUCAAGUUGAUGUCGAAAUACACCAAUCAAUCACUCAAAUAUCUUGAAAAUAUCGUCCACUUCUCGUUUGUGUUUCUGAAGAUUCUUGAACGAUAUGCAGGAAGUACAGAUUACAUGUACGUGCGGAAGAAGAAGAAGGCGAGAAAAUCGAAGCAGAAACAAACUGGGCUUGAAUCCGCCGACCAAGUAGAUGGAGGCGCGGAUGAAGGCGAGACUAGAAAUCCAGUGGAGGAUGAAGAAGAAGCGUUUCUUGAGGCCGAACGGAGUGGCGUUGAAUUCGCUGAGCACAAGUUUGAAUUUGGGAAAUUCCAACAGCGCUUUGCCCAUGAAGCAGUAGCCAGUACUUUAAUCACCUAUCUUCGAGGUUAUCGAGAUUUCACAGACCCCGAGUUGAUGAAAAGAGUCGUCAAAUUGAUGUACCGCCAAGCUGUGGGCGCCAGCGCUCCCCAACUGUUCUACAGAGUAUCUGUAUUAGAUACUUUCAACACGAUGAUCGAGGAAAAAUCGUCGAUGCCCAAGCAUCCAGUUUAUACUGAUUUGUUUAGGUUCAUCGACUAUAUCCUGAAACAGUAUUUCAAGUCUGUGGGUGAAUCACCGUUCAUAAUCAUAGAAGCACUCUGCAAUCACGGCAUGAGAGACUGGAAUCGGACGUUUGAUAGCAGUAGUGAAGAUUCAGACGGUAUGCCGUCGAAAGCUUCGACAAGCCGCAAAGUUCCCAAACUUCCUGUUGAAAUCGAAGUUAGACCCGGGUUGAGUUGGUCUCAACGCUUAGGCGUCGCUGUCGGUCUCCUGGUCGAUAAAUCGAAAUCAGACCUGGUCAAUAAAGUACAGGAUAUCCUCCGAACUGCGUCGGCCUCGCGGACGGCAAUUGUCUUGAUGAAUGAUGAACCGGAUGACGAUGACCCGCAAGUUGAUUUGGAGAGCUGGCUCCAACAUUCAGGAAAGGAUCCAAGCGAGGAGCUUAGAGCUCAGCUCAAGCAACCCUCAGACACCAGCAUGGGCAAGUUCGAAGACCACCGAGCUGAAGCAGGUGAGGACAACGAAUUUAAGACCGCCUUGGCUCGGGAUGCCGAGUUGCAUAUGUUGUUACGUUUGCUGUCUUGGGAGAGCGAAGAAGAAUACCCGGGUCACCUCGGAUGGACGAUUCCAAAGGGCCGUACCCAUAGUGAACUUGACCUAGAUAUCAAAGUGAUUGACCACUUCUUGAUCAAUCCACUUGACCACGACGGGAAAUCCCCGGCCGAGCUCACAAAGAAGAAACGCAAACGACGCGCCAAGUUGCCCGAGUUGACGCCGGCGGAAUUGGCUCUGGAUGAAUCGACGGAUAGUGACAAGCAACAAGCUGCUAAGAAAGCACCUCGGAAGUCCAAGAAACCACCCAAAAUCACCGGGCAGCGUUCAACCACAUUUGUUACACUAACCGACAAUGAAUCGGAUGCAGAGCCUGAUAGAUUGCAGUCUCUUAAUCGCUCCAGUGAAGUCAAUGGCCUCAAGAGGAAUGCGGGGAUGAUCGAUGGACAAGGUGAAGGAGAGAAUGAAGAUGACGGGAUCUCUGGCGUCAAAAGGAAACCCAUCAAAUCCAGGAAACUGUUCAUUGAUGACAGUGACGAGGAUUCUUAAAAAUCUGAGUCUAGUUCUAAGUUUUUUUGUAUCGCCUCAGGCUCUGCUGUUUUCUUUAUAUCAUUAAUGUUAGAGUGUAAGAAUUGUCGUUAACCAUUUGAACAAAGUCCACCAAUCAAGUUGUGUGUCAAUUACCAGCUGUUGUGGAGGACUCCUCAAGCCAACCACAAAGACACCAAGCUCAUGGAAGUCAG